UUAAACAUAAGUAAUCAAACAAAAUACAAGACUUUUGGCAUUUUUACUUUUUUGAAAUGGUCAAAAAACAGGUUUGUAUUAGAUUGUGGAGGACAUUUGGUCCCCACAAUGUAAUAUAAAACGAAUCCACAUACUCUCACAGACAUUGAGGCAAUAAUGAAAACAGAUUCUGCUGAUCCCUGCACAAAAACACCCAGGAAGACGGCUGCUCUGGUGUGCUCCGACGCCGCUGACAAACUGAAACAGGCAGACAAACCGAAGCAGGCAGACAAACCGAAGCAGGCCGACAAACCGAAGCAGGCAGACAAACUGAAGCAGGCCGACAAACCGAAGCAGGCCGACAAACCGAAGCAGGCAGACAAACCGAAGCAGGCAGACAAACCAAAGCAGGCCGACAAACCGAAACAGGCAGACAAACCAAAGCAGGCAGACAAACCGAAACAGGCAGACAAACCAAAGCAGGCAGACAAACUGAAACAGGCAGACAAACCGAAGCAGGCCUACAAACCGAAGCAGGCAGACAAACCAAAGCAGGCAGACAAACCGAAACAGGCAGACAAAAUACGCAGGCCGACAAACCGAAGCAGGCAGACAAACCAAAAUAGGCAGACAAACCGAAACAGGCAGACAAAUCAAAGCAGGCCGAAACAGGCAGACAAAUCAAAGCAGGCCGACAAACCAAAGCAGGCCGACAAACUGAAACAGACAGACAAACCAAAACAGGCAGACAAACCAAAACAGGCAGACAAACCAAAGCAGGCCGACAAACCGAAGCAGGCAGACAAACCAAAAUAGGCAGGCCACAUGCAUUAAAUACAGAGCUGUGAAGCCUGUGCCCUCUCAUUCAUCCAAUGGCCUCACCCCCCACCCCCCCAGGGAAUAUGGCAAGGGAGGGGCAUGACCAGAGAGGUCGUUAUAAUAUGCUGAGAAGUCUUGAGAAGUCUUAAGGACACCAGCUCUGUGGAAUUUAUAUUAUUUAUAUGAUAAGCUACAUACAGAAGCACAGACAUUAAUGCAUCGAAAAGCUAUUUGCAUUUGAGGUCUGGAUGACUUGUUGUAUACAGACUGCGGCAGCAGUGGAUUAAAUACUGCGGCUUUCCUUAAAGGAGUCAUCGGUCUGACCCACGUUAGUCUUCGCAGGGACUGAGAAGACAAAGUGCUUCACACACAUGACUGUAUUUUGGCUUAUCCCGCCCUGAAAUGACUUCACAUAUUUCUGAGGAGCAGGGAUCGGGGAGUAUCGAAGCAUUAUAGCGUUCAAAGCGUUGGCAUUGCACGGAAGAAGGCUCCUGUUUGUCUGAUUUUUUUUUUUUUUAUAGUUACUGUUGGAACUUUGCUGAAAUUCCUUGACACUCUGCCUCGCUCACUUUCUCCCCAUCAUAACUCGAAAUGCAUCUCGCCGAAAUGCAGUUAAUAUACAUCCUCUUAACUUUUACAGCUGUAGAUUUCUUUAACAGAUCUGUAGGCGUACAUUUAUAUGUGUGGACAUUCCUUUGUUACGUCUUGCCUCACUUUUAAUACAGUUUUCUCAUAAAAUAUUAUACGCAGCACAUUUAGAUACAGUGCAUACAAAUCUUUGGACUGAAGCAUAUUGAUAAGAAGAGCACAGACUUCUGGGUAAUGUAUUCUCUAAGGAUCUUAUUUGUGAUUGUUUGGUUUCUGUGUCUCGGAACGAUGCAUCCUCCACACCGGCGGGGGGAGCUGUUGUGAAGGUAGACAUGGGACACUUGGCAGAAGGGACUCCCAGUCCAGGCAAAGCUAAGGGGGGAGGGGGGGGGGGCAGUAAUAAGACCACACAGUGAGGUGCCCUUUUAUUCACUGUGCCAAGAGGGUGGGGACAGUCUCCCCGCUGCCUAGAACCGGUCCAAGUGGAACUGGACCGUGAGGCGCUGGACAGGCAGCUUUUCAAACACAAUGAGUCACAAAAAGAGCAAGUGCACACCCUGUCAGCUCUUCAUCUCCUGAAAAAUAUUCCAUCAUUCUAAUAAGGUUUUACCCCAAAAGAAUCCCCUACAUCAACUUGGCAUAGAUAGCUAGAAUUGCAUCAGUAUAAUACAAUAUAGCCUCUAUUUUUCUACAGCUGUUUUUGUGAACAUAGCCGGCAAGAGGUCAGCUGUAGAGACGUAGAUUUCACUUACACUGCUUAUACAUCUUCAUUUAUUACUAUAUAUUAAUGUGGCUUUUUAUAUGUUUAAGCAAUGUUCCCACCCACCAGUCAUACUGCAGUCACUGAAGCAAUCAUUCAAGAUGGUAGAAUUUGCUUUAGAGCAGUGAAAUAUGGCAAAUUCUUAAGUAAAAUCAGAAUAGGUCACCCGUUGCCAUGACAAACAAAAAACAACAAGCUUUUUUGGGAUAUUGAAAUCUUACACGACAGUUUUUCCUUAAUGUACGGGUUUGUAAGUUCUGUGCAGAAAGUCGAGUGAAGUUAGAGCGACGGCGUGGAGCUUGUCCGUUUAUGUCUGACGAGCGGAGUGGCAGGUAUGGCGGGAAACUGCAAAAUUCGUGAGCUGUGGGGCCCUGCUGCCGGUCGCCCAGCCUUUAGUCUUAAUAGCUCUCGUUUAAGUAACUCUUUGCAAAAGGAAGUGAGGUCACCC